GACGCCGAGGAAAAUCACGACUGCACAACCAAUUACAAAAGUACAAAAAGAAAAAUAAUGCCAGUACAUAAUAAAAUAAAAAAUAGGGUAUGUACCUAGGGUAUUAAAAAUAGGGUAUUUAUCCAUAUGUAUUUUGUUACGUGCGAAUAAAAGUAUUAUUGUCUUGUACAGUCUCUUCUUAACACUAUAUGCAUGGCUAUCCAUAGAACUAUGUGUUGUGUAGUAUGUAACUACCGUAAAGAUUUUAUAAUACUUAACCACUUAAUGUAUGUUUCAGAUAAAGUCAAAACAUAAUAUUCACAAUCCACAUACCAAAACGCAAAGGACGCAUUAUUCGGAUGAGUACUGGCGCAAGUUGUCAAAAUAUACUUUGGGGUACAAAAAUAAUAAAAGGUACAGAGCUAGCGAGCCGUGUCCGAGCAUCGGCAAGUUUUCAUCAUAUUACACAGAGCAAGAUAGUUCUUCGAGUACUAUUUGGCCACGUUUCUCAAACCAAAAUUCUGUUUCAAAUUGCCAAUGUUCUUGUCACCAAAAGGUAAUCAAUCCUAUGUUGAAAAUUGGUCAGUACAUUGAUAAAUUAUUAAAAGAUGCAGAAUUAUUGGUCCAUGAUACAGAUGAAUGUAAAAAUUUGUGACAGUUUUAAUAAAAUAAUAACAAAAUAAUUGGAUUUUCUUUAAAUAUUAAAGACGUGCCACCGUUUAAGUUGCCAAGAAGCAAGAAGAAUUUAAUCUAUAAGACUGCUUAAUAUGAAAUAUUUUUGUUGUUAUUUCAGCUUUUGUCGUGUGUUGAGCAAUAAGUUUUUCUUUAUCUUUAUAGGCAGAGCUCGUUAUUACAUAUUUGAGGGCCUACAUACCCCGUUUCUCUGUACCUAAACGACAUUUUUCCGAAACCUUAUUACGAAUAGUGAUUUUUAUUUAAUUAAUAUCCGUAAUGGCGCUUUAUUAGAAACGGCGUAGGAAUCCCGACAGUUGUUCGAAGCUUUUUUAUAUGCUUUGGUUUGUAUGAAUAUAGAUUUUGAGUAUG